CAUUUUCACACUUCCCUCACUCCUCACAGUUACUCCAUAUUUCUUUACCCACCCAUGUUUGUGCUUUUUAAAUUUCUUAACACAUAAAGCAUAGCUUGUGGCACCCACAUGAUAUUGCACAUGAUAAUGGGUGUGUGACCAGCUACUAUGUCAUUGUCAACCUACUAGGGGCCACAUUUCUAAAGGGAACUCACUCCACCUUUCCUAGUAGCUAUCAGUUGUCCAUAGCAUCUUAGUUAGGGGUUACUAUUUUCUCUGGUGUCAAACAUUCUCCUUUCUUCAGCCUUUUACUAGUUGCUGGGAGCAUGGUAACCCGAAGUGUUUCUGCAACCAGGACAUUCAUCUGAAUAUAGUUUGAUCAUUAUAUCAUCUCACCAGUGCACUGUAGAUAUUAAACCUGCAAUUAACUGCAAAGUGCUUAGAAAAUGCUAAGACAUAUUAAUGGCAUAAUAAAGUUUAAUUUUUACUAAAAUGUCCCAGUUAAUUAUCUGCAAUUCAAACAAUAACAAUUCACUGAGACCUAGCAAACUACUUAAUAGAAAGACACAUUUUGACAUUAGUUAUGAAUAUAAGGUAAUAUUGUGUAUGCAGUAAAUUGUAUGGCAUACUAAGAACAAUGAAGACUCAUUUAACAGGUGUGCUCUGGACAUGUUUUGCAUCGACCCAGGACCAUGACAGAAUGAACUCCAGAGACCUGGCUGUGGGGAUCUUCUUCACAUCACAGACUACACUGGGAAUGCUGGGGAACUCAGCCUUGCUUUGUUGUUUUAUCAUUGCUGACUUCUCUGGAAUCAGGGAGAAGCCCACAGACCUGAUUAUCAAGCACCUAACCUGGGCCAACUUCAUUGUUCUCUGCAGAGGAAUCCCACAGACCAUUGCUGCUUUUAGUCAGACUUACUAUCUAGAUUAUGUUUCAUGUAAACUUUCCUUGUAUUUUCAUAGAGUUGGCAGAGGAGUAUCCCUUGGUUCUACAUCCCUUCUGAGUAUCUUUCAGGCCAUCAUCAUCAGCCCUCAUAAUUCCAGGUGUGCACAGUUCAAGCUCAGAACCCCAAGGAUCAUUGGUCCUUCCCUGGGCCUGUGCUGGGCUCUCGAGCUGUUGUUAUAUAUUUUCAUUCCUGUAUAUACAACUGACAUAAAGGGUGGAAGAAAUGUUACUGGGAUACAAGAUUUUGGAUAUUGUAUUGUUAUAAAUUCUGAGAGACUAAUCAGCACACUUAUUGUAAUCCUAAUAGCAUCCAAUGAUAUCAUCUUUCUGGGACUGAUGAUGUGGGCCAGUGGCUACAUGGUGUUUAUCCUGCUCAAACACAAGCAGAGGGUCCAACAUAUCCACAGAUCCCAGUCUCCUAGGUCAUCCCCUGAGACCAGAGCCACCCAAAGCAUCCUCACCCUAGUGAGCAGCUUUGUGCUCUUCUAUGUAACCUCUAUUGCCUUUACAUCUUACCUGUUUGCCCUUGAAGGAACCACUAGGUGGCUGUUGAACAUUGGUGUGGCCAUGUCUGCAUGCUUUCCAGCACUCUGCCCCUUUCUGCUCAUCAGACACUAUGCUUCCUUAUUCAGGCUCUGCUGUCUCAGUUCUUACCAGACAACACACCGUACUUGUGUAGUCAGAGAACUCUAAAAACUGUGCUGUCUGCAUCCCUCUGUCCAUGUCUUCUACUCGGGUUCUAUUCUGUGAACACACUGUCAAUAUCAACCUUUGCAGAAGACACCAAUUGUCUACAAAGUUGCUUCCCAAUGCAGGUUGUCACAUAGUCUGGGACACAGGUAAACCAAGCUGUAUGAAACAAUCAGCACUCACUGUUUCAAUGAAGAAUAUCACAGUAGCAGGGAGAAUUAACCUGUGGGGUUUAUGUGGAGUGUAGUCCUUCAGGUGAGCUUCUCUGAGGAUGAGACUUUUUAAAUGGACAUUGUCACCUUCAGUACAAAAGUUAACCAUUGCAGAUUGCACCUGGACCAUCAAAUCAAGUGUUGGUGGCUGUCAGAAAGUAAGAACAAGUGAAGAGGUUGAAAAAGGUCAGAAUGGCUCAGGGAUGGUAAUGAAACCUGCCAGUGUUGGCUACAGAAGCGAAUGUAGAUUUAAGAGACAACAUGUUUCUUAAAUCUAAAGUAUAACUCCCAGAGCUGGAAAAAAAUGUUUAGAUAUACAUUUUUAAAAGUCAGAAUUAGAUAAACUUUCAAAUAAAAAUGUUUAUAGAUGAACUGUAGUAAUUGCAUACAAAAUAAUAAGUACUGAAGACAUUUACAUAUGUAAGCAUUAGGUUGAUAGUUUAAAUUAAGACAAAUGACAGAUGGGAGACUACAAGUGUAUUAGCAGGUAGCACGGAAUUUGUUGUUCCUGUUUUGUGGAGGAAGAAGUGGGAAGAUUAUGUAUUUGAGUUCAGCCUAGGUGGCAUAGUGGAACUCUGUCACAAAAACCAAAAAUACAAGAAAAGACAAAGUUGGAAAGUUCUGGAGUAUGAUCAGAGGUAAAUCUAGGCUAUAUAAUUUAAAGACAACAUUUAAGCAAACUGUGGUGCUAUAAAGUCUCUCUGGGAACAUAGGUAAAUGGGAGGGUUGAGCUGGAACAGAAACAGAGUGGGAAGUCAGG